AUGGAUGAGAACGUAGUUCGCUGGUUACUAUGCGGCGCAUGUGCAGGAUUAGCUGUCGAUUUGAGUUUAUAUCCGAUUGAUACUGUGAAGACUCGAUUACAAAGUGCUCAGGGUUUUAAGGCUGCAGGUGGUUUCAAGAAUAUUUAUAGAGGAAUGAGUUCGGUUGCGAUUGGUUCCGCACCUGGUUCUGCAUUGUUUUUCUCGACGUAUACUGCGACAAAACAUUUUUUUGGCAAUCAAUCAUCCAAGACUCAUGCGAUAGCAGCAUGUAUUGGUGAGAUCGUUGCAUGCGGAGUACGUGUACCUACUGAACUUAUUAAACAACGGGCCCAGGCCACUCACGGACGAUCAAUUACAACUAUUUGUCGGUCGAUUUUUAAUUCGGAAGGAAUUCGUGGCUUCUAUCGUGGUUAUUUGAGCACAUUGAGCCGUGAAGUACCUUUUUCGUUAAUCGAAUUUCCGUUAUGGGAAGCGUUGAAAAUUUGGAUUUCAAAGUAA